AAAAAAAACAAGAAAUUCAAAACGAAACAAAAAGCAUCUAAAAAAUGAUUCUGCAAAUCAUCAAAGUGGUGAAAUAUUGGUCGGAAGGAGAGAUAACAAACUUCAUCAAGGUAUGGACACUCGUUUUCGCCUCUCUCUGCUUCUGCUUUUUCGCAGCCAAACACGUCCCAAAGGGCUUAUCCAGGCUCUUGAUUGUAAUCCCGGUCAUAAUCCUGAAUCUAAUCCUGCCUUUAAGCCUACACACAAUGCAUCUCGGCGGCUCGUCGGCUUUCUUCUUGGCUUGGCUCGCCAAUUUCAAGCUGAUCAUGUUCGCCUUCGGAGAGGGUCCGUUAUCCGAUCCUUCGAUUUCGCUUCCGAGAUUUGCCGCUCUCGCUUGCCUCCCCAUCAAAUCCAAGCUGCUAAUCACAACUAGCCAGGAUAAAAUUAUCCCAUCCAAACACGGCCUUAAGUCGUUGUGGAAUUACGCGGUCAAGGUGUUGCUCAUCUGCUUGCUUCUAAAAAUGUAUGAUUAUUCCGAUCUGAUCCAUCCGAAAUUCACGUGGGUUUUGUAUAGCCUCCACAUUUAUUUCGGGCUCGAGGUUAUCCUAGCCAUCGUUGGCGGAUUGGCUAAAACCCUUGUCGGGAUCGAGCUCGAGCCUCAGUUCGACGAGCCCUACCUCUCGGCUUCGUUGCAGGAAUUUUGGGGCCGGAGGUGGAAUCUUAUGGUGACGCGUAUUCUACACCCGACGGUUUACAAGCCCGUUAUGCAGCUAUCAACCCCAAUCACGGGCCGGAAGUGGGCCCCACUGCCCGCAAUGGUGGGAUCGUUUCUCGUCUCUGGUUUAAUGCACGAGGUGAUUUUCUUCUACAUGGGCCACAGGGGGGCCAGCGGAGAAAUCACCUUGUUUUUCGUGCUCCACGGCGUGUGUUUGGCCGCGGAGGUGACAGUCAAGAAAGUAGUCAACGGCCGGUGGCGGUUGACUAAGUCAAUUUCGGGCCCGUUGACGAUUGGGUGGGUUAUGGUUACCGCGUUUUGGUUAUUUUUUCCAGAGUUUUUGAGGUGUAAUGUGGUACCACGGGCUUUCGACGAGUACGCGGCGAUGGGUGGAUUCGUGAAGGAUAUUAGUGACGUUUUGGUAUUUAAAUCUUUCGAUAAUGUUACGAGGUUUAGUUUAGUUUAGUCGAAGGAUGAAUUAAUAUUCCAAUAUUUGUUUUAUUGUAUAACAAAUAAGCUAUGGUGUGUGCCUAGUUGAACCUCCUAAUUAACCUCUAUUCAAUGAAGUAGCUUGAUAACUAUUAACUUACGAUCAUUUCUGAAGUAAAGUUUUUUUACGAAAAAAUACUUUAUGUUUUCAUAUUUGAUCAAA